GUUUUUGACAUGGAUCAUAAGAUUGUGUUGUUUUCAUCAGCCAUUUGAUUUGAAUUCAAGAAAUGAAAACUACGUCGAAGCAAAAGAUAGAGAGAAUCCACUUCAUAAAACUUGACGAACAAACGAGUAUUCAGUAAACUAUAUAUAGUGUGUACCAAUUACGUCGCCAAAAUGACUGGAAAUGGUAAUCAAGAGGCUGAAGAAUCGUUGUUAUAUUCAGCUCGCCAUGGAGAAAUGGCUAUGGUAAAAGCUAUAAUAGAAGCAAAGAAAGCUGAAAAACUGACUGUAGACUUAAAUUGUAAAGGGAAACUAAGGGGUAAUCUCGGAUGGACACCACUCCAUCUAGCUACAUAUUUUGGACACAAACAAGUAGUUUUAGCACUACUUGAGGCUGGAGUUGACGUUGAUGAAGUCAAUGAAGAUGGUGAUACAGCCUUACAUAAGGCUGCUUUUAUUGGAAACGAGGAAUUAGUGAUUAUUCUUUUAAAUCAAAAUGCAGAUGUGACUGUGAUGAAUGGAGAAGGGAAAACACCUUGUGAUGUAUCAAAGUCUCAAGAUGUGCAAAGACUUCUUGAAGCAGCAGAUAGAGCAAUGCGUCUCGAGAAGGAACGAAAGCUUUUGAAUGCUGCUAAAAAUGGACGUCUUGAUGAUGUCCAAGAAUUGUUGACAAGCUCAAAUCCUCCAAGUAUAAACUGCGUCGACGCCCAAGGCAACUCCUGUCUUCACUGUGUGGCUUACCGUGGUCACGCAAGGGUGGCCGUGCUUCUACUACAAAAUGGCAUUGAUACAACGCUCAGAAACAAUAGUGGGCAACUAGCCAUAGAUUUAGCUAAAGACAAUGAUAUCCGCGAAGUACUUAGCGUUCGCCCGGUCCAAAGGUUACAACGCACCGCUGCCCGUUUCGAAGGACCAUUACUUAAAAGGUCCAGGUUCCUUGGAUGGAGGCCCGUUUGGGGGGUACUUCAACGUGGUGUGUUACUAUACUAUGGGAACCGUGCAGAGGCGGCUCGCGACGUCUCCCGAUGGCGGGACAAGAAAUACAUGGACGCUGCUAAAUUAAAUACUCCGGACACCGAACCCGCACUCAUUGUGAUUAGCUUCAGCGAUGGUGAGACUCAUAGAUUGGCUGUGCCGCCUGGAGAUAAUGUUGCCGUAUGUAGGCAGUCAUGGAUCACAGCUCUAAAAGAGCAUAUCGCGUAUUCUGGGCAUUAUUUGUGGGCGGGAGCGGCACCCGAUGCAGCGAAGGAAGCAACUGAAGAUUUGGAAGACGAAUGUAAACCAUUGGGUUCGAUGCAAGACUCGUUAACAGCCGCAAACAAUCAUAUGGCGUUAAUGGAGAAUCAAAUGAAUGAGUGCGAAGCGAUCCUUCGAGCUUUAGACAAGACCAGACAGGGGAAUUCCUUACAGCAUUCUGCGUAUAUGCGUUUUCAACACGUAUACGGAUCUGGUCAAGCAGCAUUACAAGCAUUACGUCAUUGCAUCGCCUUAGUUGCGCAAACGCGAGAUCGCGACGCCUCUGCCUUGGCUAAAGAGUUGGAACGCAAUCGGGUUUUGGAGGAAGCAUUGGCAGCACUCGCGAGAACACACCACGCUCUUGAAAUGUCCGUCGCUGAAGAACUUACCAGAGUGAGUAUUUCUGGCAAGAGAAAAAAGAAAGCUCCACGAACGCCGAACGAAUCGAGGGACAAUUUCUUCGAUGUUUAUGACGACUCUGAAGAAGAUGACGAUACAUUAGUGACAGCUGGUUUGUGUAGUCCCCUCGGCGCUCUAAGUCCUUGGGGAAGCAGUCCCGACUUAACAAGACGAACGCCGGUAGGCAGUGAUAAUGGUGAUGUGACACCAACGAAUGAAAAUCAAGAGAUGGAUCAUCGUCUAUCUGGGUCAUUCGCGUCCGGGUCUCCUCAGUCCAUUAAUACAGCGAUCAGCCCUUGCAGCUCCCGUGGGACUCUGGUAUCGCAGGACGGACAUGUUUAUCGCAACGCACGGACGUACAGAAAGAAUUAUGUACCAAGGACAUCACUUCCCGUGGCUCAAUUCAGCCGUGGCGACUUCUCCCUGUGGUCAGUUUUGAAGAACUGUGUUGGCAAGGAAUUAUCCAAGAUCACCAUGCCUGUGGUAUUCAAUGAACCACUUUCCUUCCUCCAGCGGAUGCUGGAAUACCUGGAGUAUGCUCAUCUUCUGAGGAUGGCGUCAGAACAGACAGAUCCUGUUAAUCGGAUGGAAUAUAUUGCUGCAUUUGCAGUUAGCGCUUUAGCCUCAAACUGGGAGCGCCUCGGUAAACCAUUUAAUCCUCUCCUCGGUGAAACUUUUGAGCUGGAACGUACUGAGUUCCGUGCAGUUUGUGAACAGGUGUCCCACCAUCCCCCAGUAUCUGCGUUCCACGCCGAGAGCCCCCACUUCGUCUUCCACGGCUCAGUGCACCCCAAACUCAAGUUUUGUGGCAAAAGUGUUGAGAUUCAGCCCAAAGGACACGUCACUGUUGAAUUGCCCAGAUGGGGUGAAGCCUACACAUGGAGUAACGUAAACUGCUGCGUUCAUAACGUGAUAGUUGGCAAGCUCUGGAUGGAACAGUACGGUAGCAUGGAGGUGACGUGCCAUGGAGGCGCUGGCCUUAAAGCCAACCUCUGCUUCAAACCAGCUGGGUUCAAUAAUAGGGACUUGCAUAGGGUCGAUGGAUUUGUUAUGGACCCCAGCAAAAAGCGCUUGCGGUACUUAUACGGUAAAUGGACACAAUACAUCAAGUGCUGCUCAGCUGCUACUUACGAACAAUGGGCGAAAGAGAGAGGAGAAGAUGCCAGUACACAACAGACGCCAUCGCACACGCCGAAGAAAGUCCUCGCUAAGCUCAACAGCUUCAAAGUUGGGGCUUUGCGAUCUAUGUCUAUACAAGACGAUGACCCUGAAACUUCAGACGAAGUGCCAAAGCCAGACGAAUCCUAUAACAUUGAUAUCCCCGGAUCCGUCACACUGUGGGAGGCAAGUCCAAGACCUGGGAACAGUGCGCAGUUCUACCAAUUCACGGAAUUCGCAAUGUCCUUAAAUGAGUUGGAGCGAGAUAUGAAGGGACAAUUGUGUCCCACUGACAGCCGCCUUCGACCGGACGUCCGACUAUUGGAACAAGGUGAUAUAGAUGGUGCCGCUGCUGAGAAGACCAGAUUGGAGGAGAAGCAGCGGACAGCGAGGAAGUUGUUGAAGAAAACGCCAGAAGCUUGGCAACCCAGAUGGUUUAGCCAAGGCACAAACCCAUACACCAAACAGGAAGAUUGGCUUUACAACGGCGGCUAUUGGGAUAGAAACUACCAACACCUGAAAGAUGUCGAUAUAUUUUAAAUUAAGAGUAUUUUUAUCUCCAGCUUUACGACGAACGAACUUCCUUCCUUUAACUCCACUUAGACAUGUGAAAAUGCACUACGCCCUACGUAAUACUCAAACACACGGCAAGAAACCCGUGUCUCUUUCACUCUUAUUGCAUUUACGUCAUGAUAAAAAGUGACAGAUCGUUUCUGGUGUUUGUACUGACUUUUAUAAGGGCUUAACCUCUAAGUUUUAUUAAUGCUCAAUACUUUAUAAGCGAUAUUAAAAAGUAUUUUAUUUCAAAGAGCUUCCAGUUAUCGCUUGGAAAUAAUAUAGUUUAUAAGAAUAAUACUAGAAUAUUGUUUGGUAGCUUUAAUGUAAUGAAAUUUAAUCUUUAUCUAAUUAUUAUAUAGUCUGUGAUGUUAAUGCACAAUAGCAGGCCACUUAUUUUUUGGCACACUACAAAUUAUUAUAUAUAAAUACAGAUUUACAAAAGCAUUGGGUUAUAUUAUACAAAA